UGCGAACAGGAAGCACAACAACCAGUUGUAAAUUUUUGCUGUUAGUUUACAAACGGCUCUGGUUGUAUAGCUUACGGAUACGUUUUUCUCUGCGUUUUUUGGUUACACGAAUAUCACAUCAAAAUGGGGAAAAGACAGCACCAAAAAGAUAAGAUGUACAUCACCUGCGCGGAGUACACACACUUCUACGGAGGAAAAAAAGCAGAAAUCCCUCAGGGCAACUUCAAGCGGCUUCCCUUUGACCACUGCAGUUUGUCCCUCCAACCAUUUGAGUACCCCAUGUGCACACCAGAGGGAGUCGUGUUUGACCUGAUGAGCAUAGUGCCAUGGAUAAAGAAGUAUGGGACAAACCCAAUCACUGGAGAGAAACUGGAAGCAAAGGCCCUGAUCAAGCUGAACGUCGCCAAGAACAAUGAAGGCAAAUACCACUGCCCUGUUCUGUACACCGUCUUCACUAACAACUCGCACAUUGUUGCCAAUAAGGUCACUGGCAAUGUGUACUCCAACGAGGCGGUGGAACAGCUGAACAUCAAGACCAAGAGCUUUAGAGAUCUUCUUACCGACGAGCCCUUUACACGACAGGACCUUAUUACUCUGCAGGAUCCCACCAAUCUCGACAAGUUCAACGUCUCCAACUUCUUCCACGUGAAAAACAAUCUCAAAGUCCUGGACCCAGAUGAGGAGAAGGCUAAGCUGCAGCCGGGCUACCACCUGAAGAGCACCAACAUGGAGACUCGUGAGACUCUGGCUGAGCUCUACAGGGACUACAAGGGGGACGAGCUGCUGGCCUCCACCAUGAAGGAACCCGAGGCCAAGAAGACCGACAAGCUCAAUGCCGCCCACUACUCCACUGGAAGAGUAUCGGCCUCCUUCACCUCCACUGCCAUGGCUCCCGCCACCAUCCAUGAAGCAGAUGCCAUCGCCGAUGACACAGUGCGCUAUCAGUACGUGAAGAAGAAGGGAUACGUGCGACUGCACACCAACAAGGGAGACCUCAACCUGGAGCUCCACUGCGAUAAGGUGCCCAAAGCUGGGGAGAACUUCAUCAAGCUGUGCAAGAAGGGAUACUACGAUAACACCAUCUUUCACCGCUCCAUUCGCAACUUCAUGAUCCAAGGGGGAGACCCCACCGGCACUGGUACAGGAGGAGAGUCGGCCUGGGGGAAGCCGUUCAGGGAUGAGUUCCGGCCUAAUCUGUCCCACCAGGGGCGCGGUGUCCUCAGCAUGGCCAACUCCGGGCCCAACACCAACAAGUCACAAUUCUUCAUCACAUUCCGUUCCUGUACCUACUUGGACAGAAAGCACUCUGUGUUUGGCAGAGUGGUGGGUGGGUUUGAAGCUCUGACAGCCAUGGAGAACGUGGAGGCUGAUCCAAAAACGGACAAACCCAAGAGUGAGGUCAAGCUCCUGAGCGCCACCGUGUUUGUGGACCCCUAUGAGGAGGCGGAUGCACAGAUUGCGUCGGAGCGUGAGAAGGAGUUGAAGCAGCAGGAGGAGGAGAAGGCCCAGGCAGCAGCCACCCAGCGCAGGGCCAAGGAGGACGCCAAGCCCAAGACAUUCAAGGCCGGAGUGGGCAAGUACAUCAACCCAGCCACAGCCACCACCACGAAGCGUUCAGCUGAGGAUGAGAAGCCGUCCACCAGUGGAGAGUCGUCCUCCAAGAAGCCCAAAGGCAGGACGGGAUUUGGGGACUUCAGCUCCUGGUGAUGCCCUGCUGGACACAACCAGGACACAUGCACACAGACACGCACACACAGACACGCACACACAGACACACACACACACACACGCACACGCAUACACACACACACACACACAACAAGCCCAAAGGCAAGACAAGAUUCGGGGACUUCAGGACUUCCUGGUGAUGCUUUGGACACAGCCAUUAUUUCCCCCCACACCCCACCCCACAUACACACGUGGACUCUUACCUUAUUGGUUCGCACAAAAACACACACACUUACACAUCCAGCCACACCCCCCCCACAUCCAGUAGAGCCAGCUCAAAGACAGGAUUGGCUUGAGACGUCCGGUCAAGGCCUGGGAUUGUCCUGGAAGGCCCCCUCUCUCCUCUCUCCAUCCCCAGCCUCAUCCAUCCACAUCCACAACAUGCCCAGAGACAUCCUCUCUCCCCCCAGCAUCACCUUAUCACGCUCCUCUGUGCUGCCUUCGACGGGCUCCCAUGGACUUCGAUGGCUUCCCAUGGACCUGGUCUGGAGGGGUUCCUCACCCCCCCAGUCGUGAUCCGACACUG